AUGGAAAAAAAGCACCUUGAAGGAGUCGUGUUUGGAUCUGGAGACCCGAUCGAUCCUCUGGACCGUCAACUGCUGACCGAAAUUUUGAACCCUUUGCUUGAUGCCGGGCCAAGGAAGUCGAGCCUCAUGACGAGUGGCUAUCUGGCCGCGAAGGCCAAGUUGGAAAAGGCACAGACGUCAGCAAACGUUCUGGAGGCACAUUCUCAAGUCGAGGUCUUGGAAAUCGAACCCCAAGACAUACAGCAUCAUAGUAUCAAUGAGCACCAGACGCCCCAAUGGAGCCGCCGUUCCUCCCCAGGACCUCAGCAUCAAGUCAACGCGUCAGUCCCCGACGCAAACUAUGAUGGGAUGGAAACCUUGAUGAUGACCAGUUCACUCCACGUGGAUUCGAAGCACGACGACACGCAGCACUUCUGCGAUGACUACAACCCAAUGAUCAAGUGGAGGCGAAGAACUUUGAUCUUCGAGACGAUGCCUUGA